UUGGAGUAAUUAUGUUUUGUCAAAUAGUCUGGGAUUCUUGUGGUUAAUUUGCAGUACAAAUGAUUUAUAACCAUGUUCAACCCCCAAACAAUCCUUUCAAGGGAAAACCGGCCCAUGACUGAAUGUAAUUGGGACCCCUAUUCUACGCUGUCAACAGCUAUUAAAUCUAGAUAAUGCAACAAUAUACACUAUAUAUACAAAAUUAUGUGGACAUCCCUUCAAAUUAGUUGAUUUGGCUAUUUCAGCCACACCCGUUGCUGACAGGUGUGUAAAAUCGAGCACACAGCCAUGCAAUAUUCAUAGGUAAAUAUUGGCAGUAAAAUGGCUCAGUGACUUUCAACAUGGUACUGUCAUAGGAUGACACCCUUCCAACAAGUCCGUUAAUCAAAUUUCUUCCCUGCUUGAGCUGCCUGGGUCAACUGUAAGUGCUGUUAUUGUGAUGUGGAAACGCGUAGACGCAACAACAGGUCAGUUGCGAAGUCGUAGGCCACAAUCUCACAGAACGGGGAUGCCGAGUGCUGAAGCGCGUAAUGCGUAAAAAUCGUCUGUCUUCGUUUGUAACACUCUCCCCUGAGUUCCAAAUUGCCACUGGAAGCAACGUUUGCACAUGAACUGUUAGUUGGGAGCUUCAUGAAAUGGGUUUCCAUGGCAUAGCAGCCUCACACAAGCCUAAGAUCACCAUGCGCAAUGCCAAGUGUCGGCUGGAGUGGUGUAAAGCUCGCCUCCAUUGGACUCUGGAGCAGUGGAAACACAUUCUCUGGAGUGAUAAAUCACGCUUCACCAUCCGGUAGUCUGAAGGACGAAUCUGGGUUUGGUGGAUGCCAGGAAAACGCUACCUGCCCCAAUGCAUAGUGCCAACUGUAAAGUUUGGUGGAUGAGGAAUAAUGGUCUGGGGGUGUUUUUCAUGGUUCAGGCUCUUUAAGUUCCAGUGAAGGAAAAUCUUAAUGCUACAGCAUACAAUGACAUUCUAGACGAUUCUGUGCUUCCAACUUUGUGGCAACUGUUUGAGAAAGGCCCUUUCCUGUUUCAGCAUGACGAUGCCCCGUGCACAUAAAACAAAGUCCAUACAGAAAUGGAUUGUCAAGAUCGGUGUGGAAGAACUUGACUGGCCUGCACAGAGCCCUGACAUCAACCCCAUCAAACACCUUUGGGAUGAACUGUAACGCAGACUGCGAGCCAGACCUCUCUAAUGCUCUUGUGGCUGAAUGGAAGCAAGUCCCUGCAGCAUUGUUCCAACAUCGAGUGGAAAACCUUCCCAGAAGAGUGUAGGCUGUUAUAGCAGCAAAGGGGGGACCAACUCCAUAUUAAUUUUGGAAUGAGAUGUUCGACAAGCAGGUGUCCACGUACUUUUGGUCAUGUGUAUUGCAUCUGUUUUCAAUGACCAAAUUGGAAACGUUUUGGACUGACUCAUUCUGAAGUGUUCAACUGACAAAUUAAAGGAACUAUUUUCAAUUAAAAACUGGAAAGAAAUAUUAACUGGAAAUAAAUAUAAGAUAUUAAACCUAGGUUAGUUCAAUUAUGUUGGUGUCAUACAAUAUAUUAAGAACCACUUGACACGCCUACAGUACAAAUAUCAUAAUUGUACGGUUUAGUUCGCCACUCCCCCCUUUUCAUGCUGAAUGGAACAUCCUGAAGUGGUCCAGUCUCCCGCUAGUCUAGGGUAGGCGUUUCGUGCAACUGAACUGACAACAGUACAAGGUUUACGGGUACACUCACUGUCGUUUCAAGUUGUAAAGUACAGUAAUAAUACACGCCAGUGACAUAAAUGAAGUACCAGUGUUUUUACCUAUUAUUGCAGGGAUCACUUAAAGUUUGUUUCAUUCACUUUUCUCCAACUUAUCUUGAGGAAAGACAAACGUGGCUUGGAAUAUAGCAGGACUCCAUCUUUUGGGAAUGCUUCCUCGUUUCUGUAAAGACAGGAGAGCAGAGUGAAAAGAUAUUCAUUCCCCACAAAAGUCAUGUUGUACUGGACUGUACUGCCUGAUUGGAAAGUAUUGUUGUUGGUGACUCUUCUAUGGGACUGCUGCUUCUGUGCUGAGGAACUGAAGCCCACAAGAUGGCCACUGUAUCCCCAAAAGCCUCUGGUCCUGGCCUGGAAUGCCCCGACGGAGGACUGCGGCCCGCGGCACGGUAUCCAUUUUCAGCUGGAACAGUUCCAGAUUGUGGCAUCGCCCAAUGAGGGCUUUGUCCGCCAGAACCUCACCAUAUUUUACAAGGACCGCUUAGGGUUGUACCCCUACUAUGAUGAGCCUGAUGGUACAGCCAUGAACGGUGGGCUCCCGCAGGUUGCCAGUCUCACUCAGCAUCUGGAGAAGAUGCCGGAGGGCAUUCAGUAUUACAUACGUGAACCAGGGGCCAAGGGACUGGCAGUUAUUGACUGGGAGGAAUGGAGACCACUGUGGAUCCGCAACUGGGACUUCAAGGAUGUGUACCGCAGACAGUCACGCCAGCUGGUGGCUGAGAAGAACCUAGCUUGGCCCGCAGAGCGUGUGGCUAAGGUGGCCCAGCAGGAGUUUGAGAUGUCGGCUCGGAAGUUCAUGCUGGAGACCCUGAGGCUGGCCAAGAGCCUGCGGCCCAACCAGCUGUGGGGGUUCUACCUGUUCCCAGACUGCUAUAACCACGACUACAGGAUCACUCUGGAGAACUACACGGGCCGCUGCCCUGACGUGGAGGUGGCCCGGAAUGAAAUGCUCAAAUGGCUGUGGACUGAGAGUACAGCCCUCUUCCCUUCCGUCUACAUGAGCACAGUGCUACGCUCUUCGCCCUCUGGGCGCCAGUUUGUCCGGAACCGGGUGAAGGAGGGGAUGCGUCUGGCAUCAGGGGGAGACGGGCUGGCACGUCCUGUCUUUGUGUAUGCCCGGCCCACCUACGCCAACGUAUUGGACCUGCUGACAGAGAUGGACCUGGUCUCCACCAUCGGGGAGAGUGUGGCUCUUGGGGCUGCAGGCAUCAUCCUCUGGGGAGACCAUGCUUAUGCAGGCAGCAAGACCAGUUGCUUCAGUCUGAAUGAGUACCUACAGGGUCCGCUGGGCCGGUACCUGCUCAAUGUCUCCACGGCAGCAGAGCUGUGCAGCCAGAGGCUGUGCGGUUCCCAAGGACGCUGCCUGCGCAGACACCCUGACACUGACGCCUACCUGCACCUCAGCCCCCUCACCCACAACAUAGUCAGCCUGGAAAAUGGCAAAUUCAAGGUUCAAACUCUAGGUCAGCUUGGGGAAGAGGAGAUAAUGGGCUUUCAGAGAGAGUUUCAGUGCCAGUGCUAUAGUGGCUACCAGGGAGAGGGUUGUGGCCAGAGAGACCCCCUACAACAGAGAGGUAUCGCACCUUCAGUCAUGGGGACAUGGGUUCACUGUCUGCUCCUGCUACUCCUCACACUCCUGCUCUGACUGAUUGCAUACAUACAUAGUUCAUACAGCUACAUUUAAAAUGAUUUAAUGUGUAUUGGUAUACACAUGACAUUAUCUACACACUUCCACAAAAUGCACAAGCAUUAUAUACAUACACUGGGACAAAUGCAAAUGUAUUCACUGGGGCCCAGGAUGCUGUAAGUUUGGUGAAUCUAUGAAUAGAUGGUGGAACACUGUGGAACACGUACGUAGAGUUAUGGUUGUUUGUGUGUUUUGAUUUUCUUGAUACAUUGGAGGGCUCGCUGGAAAUAACUUUGUUUACAUUGCUCUCUCGCUCUUUCUCAGUCCCAACAAUAUAUAUCUCUCUCAUGCCUGUCUCUUCUUCCCACCCCUCUCCCCUUUCCUUUCUACAACCCCCUUCCCUUUUAAGUUGUAAUUUUCUCAUGAUCCCAGUUUGUUUUUGUGUGGUAGUUUUCAGCUUAUGAUGUAUGUACAGGUUUGUGUUAUGUGUGUGUGCCAAAAUGGGACAGAUGCACUUGAUUUUUUUAAUAGCACAAAAUAUUACUUAGUGCCUGACCUUUGACAUUUUUAUCUUUAGGUAAAAGUUCACAUUUAUAUGAAUGUAUUUUCACACAAGAAAAAAGCUUUUGUUAUUUUAUGACAAAUGUUAUGACAAAAACAAGACUACUAUUUUCUCUCCAGAAUUGUGCAUCUAUUUUACUGUGUACUGUGUUUCAAUCUUUCAAAAUAAAUCAAAGCCUUAACAACA